AUGGCGGACAUGGCGGGGGUCACGGAGCUCCUCCGCAAGAUGAACGAGAGCCAGACGGCUCAACAUCGCGAGUUGCUCGCGAAGGUGACUGCCACGGAGGCUUCGGUGCAGGCGCUGCAAGGCCUGCAACCGCAGGUUGCUGCUCUUGAGAACACUGUCACGGUGCUCGACCAGAAGGUGGACGCGAAGUGCGCCGAGUGCAUGGAGGCGGUGAAAGCGCUGCAGGCGUGGAUGCCGUUGAUGAAGCUACUUCGUGCACAUCGUGACUGGUCCCCUCAGUGCAAGCUUGGAUGCUCAGGCUUCUCGAAUGCGAUCACAGCGACAACGGACAAAGACGUGUGGGACCUCAUACGUGUGGACGCUGACGGCCACGCGGAGUGGGUUCAGGACGACUGUGAGGACUGGGGCAUCACGGCGGACUUGGUGAAGCCAAUCAUCGACACGCUCAACCUCCUCUGA